AAUUGCAAUUUCAUAUUUAAACAUACAUUAUUUUAUUAUGGUUUUAACCUUAUGGAAGUUGGAAACCAUAUGUGAUUAAAUAAUUAGUGGUAAUUAAUUGGAUAAAAGAAUCAUGCCAAUACACAAUUAAUUGCACUUGUAUGUAUAGUGAGGUUGUACUUGUUUGGGGGAUGUUAGGAAGUUUUUUAUCUACUAAAUUGUAUUGAUUAGUUUACUAUAAAAAUGUUUUUUCUUCAUGAAAAUGAGUUUCAAGAUCAGAAAAUACAAACAAAAACUUUAAAACUCUGAAGUUAUCAACUUAUCAUUACAGGAAAUUGAAUAAUAAAAUUGUCGGCGGAUUUGACCUAGAGAGUUUUUGUUUGUCUUCUUCCAUGGUUUCGUUUUACGAAUAUUUUAAAAUUUUCUCCGAUCAAAAUGAAUUUGAACAAUGUACUAAGCAAUUGGAAUUGAAAAUGUAAAUUAAAAAUGGAACAGAUAUUCCCAAAAAUCCUAGAAAAAUAUAUAAACUUUUUAAAUUGCAAGUGGGCCUUAUAGUGGGAUGUUUUUUUAGUAUAUUGGCAAAUGCAAUGAUUAUAUCGGUAUUAACCAUAUAUAUAGAAUUAUGUGUAGUUUCUAUUGUUUUUUUUUUCCUUUGUUUAAUUAAAGUAGUAGAAGUUAAUUAAAACCUGAUAUAAUUUUUUUUUUGUAACCGGUAUACUAAACCAAACCAAGAUACAGACUAAUCGCGGGUCUGGAAUUUAAUAUAAAAUUGUAUAAACUAAAUAUUGUUUUUUAUUUGAAAUGAUAUAUUUGGUACACGCAUGGAUUUUGAGUUUGAAAUAAUUCGUAGCUUUAUAACCACGAACACGAAGGGCAAUAAAUUGUUGUUAUAAGUAUCUUUUAAUUAAUAUACAUUGUCUCCUUAAUUAGAAAAAACUAUAAUAGGAUUUAAUGUGUUCAUCCUACAUCCUACAUCCUACAUCCUAUAUCAGUACCGCUAAUUGUUUUAUUUUAUGCAUUUUUCCAUUUAUUUUGAAGCUGUACUUUAAACCCAAUGAUGAUAACACACUACAAAAAAAAAAAAUCAAUAACACAAUGGAAAUUAAAUGAUACAUAUAUAUUUAUCUAAAAAAGUCGUAUAAUGAAAUACUAUAACACUGAUUUUGCACUUGUGUAAACAUGCUAAUUAGAAAGAGAGAAAAAAAGACUAAUAGUAAGGAGGAGGAGGAUGCCUAGAGUCAUCUACUAACCUUUUCAAAUAAUUUUCAAUGAUGCAUUUUUAUGAAUGAUACAAACUGUUGUUGACCUGACACGUUGUGAAAUUGUAUUUCUUCUCAAUCAUUCGAGAAGAAGACUGCACGAUGUCUCUGCCUCAAAUACACGAACGACACGAAUUGUUGGUCGUUUAUUAUAUAUAAUUGAAAAGCAAAACUAAAAACAGAGCAAAAGGUUAAGCAUCCUUUUCUUUCCACGCACAUAUUAUUAUCGUUAAAAUUAUUGUAAGCAAUAUAGAUUCUUUAAUUUUUAAACUAAUCAAGCUGGGCCAUGAAUUAAUUAUUUUGAAUACCUCUAACCAGUUAUUUUUUGGAUAUCUUUUACCCAUUGCCAUGCUAUUUUGCUUAUUUAAUCAUCCAUUUUUUUAUAUAAAAUAAUGAAAAUCCAAUUAUAUCACCUUUUAUCAGUUGCUUUUAAUAUCUUGUAGGCAUUGCUGUGCUAUUUUGCUUUAUUAAUCAUCCACAUUUUUUGUAUAAAGUAAUUAAAAUCCAAUUAUAUUAUCGUCCGUUGAAUAUUACAUUUUAGCAGCACGAAAAAACGGUGCGUUUUGUAACAGCCGUGUGCGGUUUCUCCCUUUAUAUUUUUUCUCUCCUAACAUUUCGUGGACUCUCUCUCUCUCUCUCUCUCAAAACAUUGCGCUUGAAUUUGAAUUCUUUUUUUUUCUUGAUCCAUGUGAUCGAUCGCCUCCGGAAGAAGUAUUGAUUUUGUUUUUGAAUCUGUGCCGCGUAAGCGAACCCUGGGUCUGAUCAAAAUUAAGCUAUACUAAUGGCGUCUCUGGUCUCGAAUCAUGGAUCGGAGAGAAAUCCAAACCCUAGCUUUACAGAACCCUCGAGGAAGACCAAGAAGAAGAAACCGUCUACGACGUCAUUUCGGAGAAGCACAGCCUCCGCCGCUGGAGAAGGUGAAAGGCACGCUCGAUGGAGAUCCGAGAAGCAACAGCGGAUCUACUCUGCCAAGCUGAUCCAGGCGCUUAGACAGGUCCGUCUAAAUUCCUCCGCUGCGACAUCUCCGGAGGCGAAGCGGCGGAGCAAGGCCGUGCGAGAAGCCGCCGAUCGCGUCCUCGCCGUCGCCGCUGAAUACAAUCACAGUUAUAAUCGAUUCAGCUUGCCGGCGGUGCAGAGGAAAGCGAGGGUUCUCGGGAAGUUAGUUCCCGGUUGCCGGAAACAGCCAUUGCCGGUGAUUCUUGAAGAAGCGACGGAUUACAUACAGGCACUGGAGAUGCAAAUCCGUGCCAUGAGUACUCUCGCGGAGCUUCUCUCCGGCUCGGCUCCUCCGCCGAGCUGAUGAGGGGUAGAAGCGUCAUUUCGCUAUAUUAUUCCGAUAAUUCCCCUACUCCCUCUCUCUAUAUAUAUAAGGUAUUGGUUGACUAUAGAAGUGCUUCUCGUGGUUAAUCUCUAUGACUAUAUAUAAUUAUACAAUAUAUUUAAUAUAUCAUUUUAAAUGAUUUUAUUGAAUUUUUUCCUGGAUUUUGAGCAACUGUGAAUUUUCGUCUUUUUUUUUUUUUAUAAUCUGCUUGUUCUUUGUUUUCUCUGAAUGGUACUGGAAAAAAGUUAUAGUCUUACAUUUUAAGUA